CUCGCUCUCUGUCGUGCGCAGGUCAUACACGUUCUGUCCGACUACUGCCUGCUCAACCUGCCCACCGCCUGGUUCGUGCUGGAGAAGGGGGCAGUGCUGACGCCGUCCUUCAACGAGCUGAUCAGCCGCGUCGUGGAGGCGGGCAUCGUCCAGUACUUGGUUGACAAGUACUCCCCUAUCGUCCGGAAGCGCCGCGUUCGCGACAACAACGACAAGCCCCCAGUGGUCCUGGGCAUUGAUCAUCUGGUGGGAGUGUGGAUGCUGCUAGUGGUGGGCCUGGAGGUGUCACUGCUGGCCUUCGUCGGCGAGCUGCUCGUCUUCCGGAACCGCGCCCGCGUAGACGCCGUCCUGGCGCGGCUCGGCGAGCACCGGCGGCGCGCGCGCGCUGGGCUCAAGCGCCGGCGGAGGGGCGGCCGGCAGCGACAGCGGCGCUACAGCCGGCUGACGGCGCGGCCGGAGUCCCUCGGCGACGUGGUGGCGCCCGCGCUGGAGCCCGCGCUCGCGCCGCCCCUCCGGCUGCCCGGGGAAGCCGCGGACCCCCGCCGCCGCGGUCGCGACAGGUGA